UACAGAGAGAAAAACUGAUCGAUCAUUGUCUUCGAGAAAUAAAGAUUUUUUUCUGUCACCUCUGUUUUUAUUCUUUUUAAAAAACUGCAUUUAAGCCUUUUCGAAAAUUUGACUUAACAUUGUCGCCUGGUUUCAGAGGAGAAAAAGUUCAUCUGUCACAAAUGCAUGAAAAGGUACAAGCUCGAAUCCAGCUUGCAGAACCACUUGAGGUACGAGUGCGGCAAGUCGCCUAUGUUCAGAUGUCAGCAUUGUCCCUAUGCAUGCAAGCAGAAGGGAAGCUUCAAGCGUCAUAUGUAUUUCAAGCACUCUGAAUUACGCGACCCAGCCAAUAUGUUUCGCUGUUAGAGGGGUUGAAAAAUGAUUUGUUUCAAAUUGUCCAUUCAAAAAUUAAAAUAUAACAUUACUAUUUGAACCUAUAAAUUUAUUUCUAUUUAAUCCUUUUGUGCACGAGCUUGAUGUUGAAUGAUGUCUUGACCCGAUGCCAUCUGGUUUCAGAGGAGAAAAGAUUCGUCUGUCACAAAUGCUCGAAACGGUACAAGCUAGAUUCCAGCUUGCAGAACCACUUGAGGUACGAGUGCGGUCGGGAGCCGAUGUUCAAGUGUCCCUACUGUCCUGCUCUUAGCAAGCAAAAGGGCAACCUGAAAAACCACAUAUUUUGCAAACACCCUGACAAGCUUAUAAAUAUUUUGUCGAGCGUUUUUCUUUCUCAUCACUUCCCUGAAGGUUUUUUUCCAUUGGGGCCAUUUCGACUGACCAUUUUCUCUUUUGUAGGGGCUGCUCUCAUGUGUGAGGUUUGCAAGCAGACUUUCAAUUCAAUGAGCACGCUCAAGAGGCACAGGGUACUCCACGAAGUCUUCCGGAAGGACGAAGGUCCCAGGGAGUCGGCGGACGCCCCCCUCAUGACGCAUUUCCUUCUUGACGAUGACAAAGACCGUCCCUUUAACUGCCCCACGUGCAUGAAAAGGUACAAGAACAAAAGGAACAUGUACACUCAUGUCAAAUACGAGUGCGGGCAGUCGCCCAGGUUCAAAUGCCCCUGCUGUAACUACAGAUGCCAUCGCAAAGGUGUCUUGAGAGAUCACCUGAUGCGUGAGAAGCGCUUCGGCUGCCCCACUUGCCUCAAGCAGUACAAGCACAAGCGAAACCUUUACAUGCACACCAAGUACGAGUGUGGGAAGCUGCCGAGGUUCAAAUGCCCCUGCUGCACUUACAUGUGCAAGCGUAGGGUCGACCUGAGGAACCACAUGUUCCGCAGGCAUUCUGACUCCCUGCUCGAGUACUAGUGAACUUGUAUCGUUCGAUUGCUCAGCCGACGACUAAAAUAUUACAAAUAAAAUAGGAUUUCUCCUCUCUUCUUGGCUAUAUUCCUUAACUCCUCUUCUUCUUAGCCUUCUCGGACUUAUACGUCAUAGUGCCAAAAUUAACCGAACCCAAUUUGUAGGUUUCUUCACGUGUGAUGUUUGCAUGAGGAAGUACAAAUACAAGAGGAAUCUGGUCGCCCAUGCCAAAUACGAGUGCGGGAAAUCGCCGAGGU